UUUAGUCCCACUCAGAGAAUUCAUUAUUACAAAAAAAAAAAAAAAAAAUUUCUUGAAAAAUUUAAUAUUAUUUUCGUGACCUUAGCAGAAGAGAAUAAAGUAGCGUUGCCAAUUCCGACCAAUUAUUGUAAACAAAUUUAUUAAAAAAAUGUUAACACUUUUCAACACUAUUCAGUUGUUGUUUUGCCGCGUUUAUCAGCUGUGUUGAAGGAAAGGCAAAAGUAGAAGUAUUUUUCGGUGCAAUUUUAGAUUUUAGAAAGAGUUCUUUUUUUCCGUAAUUGUAAUCAAUGUGCAUUUGCUACAAAUUUCCAAAUAAUAGAAAUUAGAAAUUAAUUACAAGUACUACUUUCAAUCAUCUCAACGAUAUUGGCUAUGGAUAUGGAGAGCUCAUCUAGCAAGGACAGACAAAGCAAACAGAAUCUCGUAAGGAAUCCGAUUAAAAAAUCAUCAAAAUUGCCUGUAAGCACCGGUAAUCGGAAACCAAACGAGGCUACAGGUGCUCCUGGUGAUCCACUUAGAUUCGGGCUAAGUGGAGCAAGUCAGAAAUGGUAUAUUCGAUUUCUACGCAAAGGAUACAGACCUAAUAUAGCCCGAAAAAUGGCUCUUGAACGACGUAGAGGGCCGGCAUCUUCUAAACCAAUCUCAAGAGAAAUUGAACGGGCAUCUGCUGAUAAAUAUAAACCGGAAAAGGAAACUGUUAAUUCAACAGGUUUUCAUGUGGCGAUAUUAGCCAAACCGUAUCCUAAAAAGUUGCUAACCAAUAAGGAAUUAGAAUGCUUGCAAAAUGCGAUCGUACAAGAAAUGCAUAAAGGCUGCGAUGAAAAGAUGCAAUUGGAAGGCAUCCAGUUUAGACCGGGUUGGUUAGCAGUAGACUGCAAUAAUUCCGCAUGUGUUGAAUGGUUGCAAUACAUUGUGCCGCGAUUAAGCGAUUGGCAGGGGCCGGAAUUGGCCAUUUGUACCGGGCAAGCUGUACCGAAGACACCGGUAAUUACCAUGUUUCUGCCAAAAUGUGGUAAUAAAUCGCCGAGCAGUGUUCUAGAUCUUGUUAAUGCUCAAAAUAGUAACUUGCCUAUGUCCCAUUGGAUUCUAUUGUUCUACAAUAGACAAGGCGAUAAUAUGGUAGUAUCCCUGGCUAUUGAUCAACUGUCACUGCGGUCGAUUAAAGCCUCUAAGCAAAGUAUUAAUUAUGAAUAUGGUCGUAUACCCAUAUACGUUAAUCGCAAUAGCUAUGAAGAUCUCAGAAUUUUGAUUAACACUGACGUUAUAGUCGCUACGGAAAAGGAAAAGCGCAACAACAAUUCCGUUAAACAGACGAAAAUCUGUGAAAUGUUAUCAUAUUAAAAAAUUCCAUAAACUCUAUAAAAAAAAAGUAAUAAAAAUUAUAUAUAUGAUGGAUACCGUUAACGGAUCUUGCUUUAGUUUAGCAAAAAAAAAAAAAAAAAAAAAACAAAAAAAAAUUAAUUGGGAAGAAUACAAAAAAAAAGCUUUGUGUAGUAAUGUGACUAUUUGGUCGAUUAAAGUAUAAAAAUAUUUAUUAAACUUAA